GCGUGGGAAAUCCAGGUUACGUGUAUAUAAGGGAUAUGGGAACGAUAAUCAUCACACUGUUGGUACAUAUCCAAGAUACGUGACCAUGGACGUCUUGCGGCUUGCGUUUAUUGUCGGACUUGCGGCUGUUCCAGGGACUUUCGCUUGUUCCUUCGGCUUCACAGAAAUCAACGGGGCCUGCCUCGAGUUCCACCCUGAGUUGUUGCUGAAGUGGCAAGACUCAGUCACUUUCUGCCAGAACACUACACAGGGUCGGCUGGCUUCCAUCAAAAAUGCGGAUACGCUCAGAGAAGUGUACUCUUACAUUAUGACAUAUGGCCUGAGUGGAUCCUUCUGGCUGGGAGCGUCAGACUUGGAGUUGGAAGGCGACUGGUCGUGGCUGGACGGCACCAGGGUGGACAGAGGCACCCCCUUCUGGGCCAUUCACACGGGUCUCUUCGGCUGGGCGCACGAACCUAACGGCGGGACGGACCAGAACUGCCUGGCCCUUGACGAGGAGAGGCUCCACUACUUCAACGACGUCGACUGCUCUUUGUUAUUCCACCCAAUCUGCAUGGAAUAGACCCGGUCAGCCUCUUUCGCGCGGGGACAUGUGCUCAUGACCCUCUCUACAGCCAAGACACGAACUGGAUUGGAUGUGCUUCGUGGUGUGAUGGUGUUGCGUGUUCGGGCUUACGUGAAUGCACACCCUAUGCAAAUAUACAUACCAGCGCCCGCAUACUAACAAACACAUAUAGAUAUCCGUAUGUCACACAUCAGAACAUCAACACGAGAAUGACAAAUGGUAAAAAGGUAUGAAAAAAAAGUAAAGAUGUGUUGAUUCUG